GAGAUAGACCCCGCGUCGUUGGCUCCCUUACCAUUGAGCCACAACUGGAACGCCAGCCUGCCGGUUUUCAGCCCAGUGCAAGGUCUGGAAUCUCUUCUUGCCAUUAUGUUUGCUUCCGUAUUAGGAAGAGUCAAAAGGUUGACGGGAGAUGCUUAGAGUCUGGCGAAUUUAGAGGUAAUGAUUGUGCAUGAUUUUAGAACUCUGUAAGACUUACUUAAAAAUGAGCCUCUAUUAUUUUGUUCCUCCAGAGCCAUCAUCUCUGGUGUGGACUUUAAAAAUACAACAGUCAGCUUCUGUGUUAGCAGGAAGAGUUUAUGUGGGACCAGCAGGGAGGGAGCUGCAGUUCAGGAAGACCUUGCUGUGCAGAAAGGACAGACCAGUCCCAGAACAAAGAAGAGGGCUUCCCUGUCUGGGCAUCUCCAAGCUGUUGUGGGUUCUGUUGGGGCCACCUACAAGUCCCAGGAAUGUUUUGUUUCCCAAGCGGAUACUUUUGGGAGCUGAUGCAUAAGAAAUGGCUGGAGAUCAAAUGAAUGUCCAAAGGAGAGCUUAAGGUUUCUUCAGCCACAUUCCUUUUCAAAAAAAUUGCUGCCGCAAUGUCGGUUUACACGGCACAUAAUACCCGAAGCGACAGCACUCUCCUCGGUGCUCCUUCCUCCAGGAGUUCGUCCCUGCGCGUCCUCACCGCCGGCAGCAGGCGGAAGCUGCAUUCCACAUCGGAUGUGUCCAACUGUGAAAAUGACGAUCCGCUGUCGAGGUCUACAAGUAAGAUCAGAGACAUAAAUCGCACUUACGUUAUUUCUGCCUGUAAAAAGGCCGAAGAUCGGCCCCUCUCCCCUGACCCUGAGGGUAAACUGACGCUUCAGAGGAGAGUCACGAGGUGCAAAGAACCCGCUCCACUUGGCAGUGAGCUGGGGGACACAGCAGAGAAAACGGCCGAAACGAGCCUGGCAUUGUUGCAACGCACUCAGACGGACUCUUCGGAAAAGUGGAAAACAGCGCAGAGUGUGGGAGGUGAGACAGAGAAAAUGUGCUCUGCCAGGAGCCGGUGCAGAUGUAAAGACGUAAAUAAUGAUCAGAGCUUUUUCGCGGUGCCAUCUGCACCUUUACCUGUAAACCCGAAUGGCAUUGACGUGAAGGCUGAUGAAAAAUACAAAGAAACGCUUUCCACCCGCAGAGGGGCAGGUGGAAACAGAGCCCUGAAGUCCUUGACUGAUAGGGGACCCGUUGGCCCUCGGAGUCAGAUGGCAGUUGCUGGAUCGGGGUGCUUGGCAGCAAACUCUUCCCAGCAAGGUGGACGUCAGAGCCUCGGACCAGGAAACUUACAUCCCAGAAGUACUGGCCCAAAUUCUGGGAAACUCUCAGAUAAGUUGGGAAGUUUGGAAAAAAGAGCACCUUCGAAGUGUAACACAGAGCCCAGGCUGGCGCCAAAGCGUGGCGUCCCUCAGCCUGAGAGCCCAGCCACGUGGGUCCUGAAAAGCAGGGUGCCUAGGCUUCAGGUUCAACACACGCCCCAAAGCCCUCUUCUCGCAAGUAAAAGGGAGAGGUUACAAGAAAAAACGUUCCUUCUUGAAGGAGAAACCACACUUCAGAAAACCUUUGCAGAAACAGACCCCUUAAAAGUGGAGAACUGUCAGGUGACUGUGGCCAUCCGCGUCCGGCCUUUCAGCAAGAGAGAGAAGAGUGCCGAAGAGCCCCAGGUGGUCUUCACGAACGGGAAGGAAGUAGCUGUGGAGCAUCCGGGCAAGAGACAAGUGCACACUUUCACUUACGAUCUCUCCUUCUGGUCGGUUGACGAGCGCCACCCCAGCUUCGCCAGCCAGGCAGCCGUGUACCAGGCGCUGGCAGCCCCGCUGCUGGAACAGGCCUUUGGCGGCUUCAACACCUGUCUCUUUGCUUAUGGCCAGACUGGCUCUGGCAAGUCGUACACGAUGAUGGGAUUUAAUGAAGAGGCAGGAAUAAUUCCAAGAUUUUGUGAAGACCUUUUUGCUCAAGUAGCCAAAAAACAAACCCAAGAGGUCAGCUAUCACCUUGAAAUGAGCUACUUUGAAGUAUACAAUGAAAAAAUUCAUGACCUUCUCGUUUGUAAAGGUGAAAAUGGGCAGCGAAAGCCAACACUAAGAGUGCGGGAGCACCCGGCCUCUGGGCCCUACGUCGAGGGCCUGUCCACGAAUGUUGUCAGUUCUUACUCUGAUAUCCAGAUUUGGCUGGAGCUGGGAAAUAAACAGAAGGCGACUGCGGCCACUGGAAUGAAUGACAAAAGCUCGCGCUCCCACACGGUUCUCACCCUGAUGAUGACCCAGACCAAGACAGAAUUUGUGGAAGGGGAGGAGCUUGACCACAGGAUCCGGAGCCGCAUAAACCUGGUGGACCUGGCGGGCAGUGAGCGCUGCUGGGCGACUCAGAGCAGCGGGGAGCGGCUGAGGGAGGGCGUGAGCAUUAACAAGUCCCUGCUGACCCUGGGCAAGGUGGUCUCCGCGCUGUCCGAGCAGGCCGGCGGGAAGAGGGCCUUCAUUCCUUAUCGAGAAUCCGUCCUUACCUGGCUGUUAAAGGAGAGUCUGAGUGGAAAUUCAAAAACCUCGAUGGUCGCCACCGUCAGCCCGGCCGCCAGCAGCGUGGAGGAGACGCUGAGCACGCUGAGGUACGCCGCCCAGGCCCGGACCAUCGUCAACGUCGCCAAGGUCAACGAGGACAUGAGCGCGAAGCUGAUUCGAGAAUUGAAAGCAGAAAUUGAAAAGUUAAAAGCUGCUCGAAGAAACAGUCAAAAUAUUGACCCCGAGCGAUAUAGGCUCUGUCGGCAAGAAAUAACAUCCUUAAGGAUGAAGCUACACCAACAGGAGAGGGACAUGGCAGAAAUGCAGAGAAUGUGGAAAGAAAAACUUGAACAAGCUGAACAAAGAAAACUUCAAGUCACAAAGGAGUUACAGAAAGCAGGGAUCACGUUGCAAAUGGACAACCGCUUGCCGAACCUGGUCAAUCUCAGCGAGGACCCACAGCUGUCGGAGAUCCUGUUAUACGUGAUCAAGGAGGGAGCGACCACGGUGGGAAAGGAUAAGCCCGACUCGAGGCACGACAUUCGCUUGUCGGGGGUGCUGAUCGCCGACCAUCACUGUACCAUCAACAAUUGUGACGCAGUGACUGUCACCCCAGCCGGCGAAGCAAAGACCUACGUAAAUGGAAAGCUGAUCUCCCAGCCCACGGUACUGCAUCAUGGUGACCGGCUGAUUCUUGGCGGAGACCAUUAUUUUAGAUUUAACCACCCAGUAGAGGUCCAGAGAGGGGAACGGCCCUCCAGCAGACACGCGCUCAUGAGCCAGGGGCCAAGAGACUUCGAAUGUGCCAAAAACGACUUGCUCUCGGCCCAGAGAUUACACCUUGAGGCCGAGAUCAAAGAAGCGCAGCUGAAAGCCAAGGAGGAGAUGAUGCAAGGGAUUCAGAUUGUAAGAGAAAUGGCUCAGCAAGAGCUCUCCUCUCAGAAAGCUGCGUACGAAAGCAAGAUAAAAGUCCUGGAAGCAGAACUGAAAGAAGAAUCUCAGAGGAAGAAAAUGCAGGAAAUAAAUAACCAAAAGGCUAAUCACAAAAUUGAGGAGUUAGAAAAGGCAAAGCAGCGUUUCGAGCAGGAAAUAUACGUGAACAAAAAGCGGCUAGAAAUGGAGGCUUUGGCCACAAAACAGGCAUUGGAAGACCACAGGAUCCGCCAUGCAAAAAUCCUGGAAGCUUUAGAAAUUGAGAAACAAAGAAUUGCUAAGGAAGUCCAACUUCUACAGCAAAAUCAGAGUAACAGGGAUAAAACUUUGACAAUUCAGCCAAACUGGAGCUGCAUGAAGCUCUCCCUGAUGAUUCAGGAAGCCAAUGCCAUCAGCAACAAGUUAAAAAAGAAUUACGUUUUUGGCAGACAUGAAGUAGGAGAUAAAGGAAGCAGUUCUGACACUUAUAUCCAGGUUCGAAACCUGCAACUAGGGAUCUCCACUGUCUGGAGUCUGGAAAAGUUUGAAUCUAAGCUUGCGGCAAUGAAAGAACUUUACGAGAGUCACGGCGAUAACAGGACUGACGACGCCUUUUGCGACCCCGAAGAUGAAUGGGAACCAGACAUCACAAACGUUCCAGCCUCCUCCUUCUCCAGAAGGCGGAGCAGGAGUCUGAUGAAGAACCGGAGGGUCUCCGGCUGCCUGCAGGGCCUAGAGGCCCGCUCAGCCCAGGAUCUGCGCUGUUCCCAUCCAGCAGGCGUCUUGGGGAACUCAAGCCACGUUUCCCCAGCAUCAGCAGAAUCCUUCCUUCCUGGAGUUUGCAAAGAAUUGAUCGGUUCAUCAUUAGAGCUUCUGGGACAGAGUUAUGAUGAAGAAAACACCAUGGCAGACAGCCUGAUUCGUAAUUUCCUUAAAAUCCACGAUGGGGUACUUGCCAUUUCCAAGGCCCAUGGGGAGCAGGACGAAGACGGCCCCUGUAAUCUGUUCUCUGAUCGAGCAAACCAGUACCUCGCUGUCCAGGUAGCAAGCGCUUUCGAACAGCUUGCGGUGCUGGUGACACACUGGCUGAGCGGCGUCCUGCCUGGCGCUGGCCCCGAGGGUCUGCCGGACGAGCUGAGACAGGAGGUGCGGAACCUGGGCGCCUGCCUGCAGGUGUUUCUGCAGGGAUGCUCUUCGGAUAUUUCGUCCAUGGUGACAGAGGCUCAAGUGCAAGUGACACGGAUGGUCCGGCGAGCUGUGGGGCACGUGGGGCAGUUGGCAGCCCUGGCCGGGGCAGAGCUGCGCCUCCUGGGGAGCAGCACCGGCGGGGUGGCCGGGCUCCAGGAUGACUUUGCGGCUGCUCUGUGCGAUGGCGUGGGCUUAGGAAUAACGAGUCUGCUAGAUGCUGGACUUGAAAAAGCGAAAGAACUUCAAGAUGAACUCCUAGGACAGAGUCCCCAGAAUGAGGUUGCCAGGCAGAUGGAAACUAACGCCUUGGGAUUGAUUGGCUCCUUUGAAAACCUCUGUGCCGAGUGGAAAACAAAAAGUUGCCAAACUCAAGUACAGGAAGACGAUUCUGGAUGCCGAGACUUGAAGAAGAUGGUUAAUCUUGCCCCGGAAUUCUUGAAGUUAAAACGUUGCUUAGAGCAAACUAUUCAAAUCGUUAUUUCUACGCUGAAAGGGCGCCCGGCCGACGUCCCCCUCCUCAAGGACUGUGUUGAGAGUCUGCGCAGCUCGGCCCGGGGGCUGCGCGGUGACCAGAGCACCGGCUCUGAGGGCCACGGGGAGCUGGAGUCUCUGGAGUCUCGGGCGGCCUCGCUCCUCCUGGGGUUCGAACUGGUGGAAAGACCUGGUGUGUUGGAGCCCCGGGCAGCGUGUGGUCAAGACCCCAGAGCAGAAGGCCACGAGCAGCAGGGGAGCCGGCCUGGCCCCCGGAGGGACCGGGGUGUCCCGAAGCGAGUGUACGAGCUCCAGGGCCCAGUCCCGGGGGGCUCAGGGCAGGGAAGGCCCAGGGAGGAUGUGCCAGCUGGUCCAGGAGGGCAGUGGGGAGCAGUGUGAGCACUGCCGGGCCGUCCAGUCUGCGGGCGCCUCCCGGGGAUGGGCUUGCUGGCUUCGCGGAGCCCUCAUUCCAGCGCUCAGUUAGAACCGUGUUUACCGUGUUGGAUCUUUGCAGCAACAGAGUGAGAGUAACUCAAAGCCAAGUGAGUGGUCCUUUCUCGCAGCGCCUUGCGUUUUCAAGAUGUAUCUUUCACAUCGACGUGCAGGCUCUGGUUGGUUCACAGCCUGUGUGUCAAUGGUUUUAAUGGUUACUGUGGUGAUGGUAAGUUAUUUUCCCGUGAGUGGAAACCUUUGCGCCUGUAUCUUCUCUCCUCUGCCGAUGGCUACGAUGAGGUUUAUGGUCAAAUUGCCAAAACAUGUUGAACUAGGGCAGCUCAGCUUGCCUUGUUGAAUUGAAAGCUCUUUCCUUGAAGGAUUAACUGGUUGCCAACCUGAGGAGUGUGUUCAUGGCACAGUUUCCUGUUUCUUUCCAAAUUAUAAGUAGCUUCCUAAGUAGAGUAGGAUUCAUAUUAAUGACAGGGUUUGCUGGCAUAAUAGUUGACUUCCUUAUCCAUGGGGGUGGGGGGUUCCCUGUAGGGGCUGUGUGACUCUAAUUUAAAACCAAUUAAACAUCGCCAGAAUCACACUCAACUCUUGGACGGGGUUGGGAGCUCAGAGGCCGUACCUUUUCCUGCUGAUCUUGUUUUGAUGAAGGAGUAAUGAGAGAGUUUGCUCACAAUUAUCGAUCCUUAUUACAUCUCACAGCUCUAAAAACCUUCCUCUGCCAUCAGGUAAUGAAGACGAUACCCUAUUUGGGGAUCUUCCAUUAAGGAAAUAGUUCGACAUUUUUGACUGUAGGAAUGUGUGUAAGUUGGAGAGAGACAUGGUGGUUCGGCUUGGGUGAUAAGAGCAGUUCCUGGAGAAUGGUUUUUUUAUUUUAUACUUUAUUUUUUAUUUUAUUUUAUUUUUUUGUCUUUUUAGUGGCAUAUGGAGGUUCCCAGGCUAGGGGUGGAAUCAGGAGCUGUAGCCACCGGCCUACACCACAGCCACAGCAACGCAGGAUCCUUAACCCACUGAUCGAGGCCAGGGAUGGAACCUGCGUCCUCAUGGAUCCUAGUCGGGUUCGUCACUGCUGCGCCCUGAUGGGAACUCCCUGGAGAAUGAUUUUUAAGUCACCUGGUCGUUCUGUUCUUUUUGCCCUUUUCACUGUCAGAUACACGGCACCCUUGGUGUGGCUGGUGGGCGUCGGCUGUUGGUGCCACAAAUGAAUUUGAUGGUUUUCUUGUUAGGCAGAGCUUGUUCUGACUAAAGGACCAAUAUUUAUUCACAACAUUAAUGAACUGUGCUGUGUUUUCAGGUGCUUUGAGAUGGUGCAGUAUAACUAAUUAGCUUUCCUUUUCUUUCUUUCGGUUUCUGACUUUUGAGCUUGGGUUCCUUCUGAGGUGCUAUGUGUAUCUGUUCACUGACGCUCUUUCAAGUGGCAUUUUCAUUAUCAAGUUUUACAGAGGGGACUUUUCCUGAAGACUGUACCUCUCUGAAGAACUCCCUAAAGUAUUAGUAUCACAGUUUUUAUCUUCACGUUCAGUAUUUAAUCUUGACCUUCCGUUUUCCAAACUUAUGCCUUCAUUGGUCAGAAACCUUUUAGUGUCUUUGUAAAUGUAUUUAUCUAUAUAUUUAUACUCUGGAUUGUUACACAAUUUUUGAAUGGAUGGUGAAACAGUAUAUUUGCUUUUGAAAUCACGUGCACUAAUAAGAAAUGUUUAAUAAAGAGAAUGCCUUUAAUAAGUCCUGCCUCGUGCUCUAAGGUCCAGCUCAGGUUGCUGGUAACGCUAGUGCCCACCCUCCUUUCCUUCACCAGUGACGAGACCCUCGUCACUGUGC